AUGCUUCACCGUUCUCCCCGUUUUGCAGGUCAAGUGCCUGCUUCUCCGACUAUUCCUUCUUAUUCCCUUCUUGAUCCCGAUAGUACUACUGCUCGCCCCUACUCUCACGCAGAUCCAAACAUUUUUACAGGUUUCGAGGGUCACUCGGGCGGUUUUGCCACUACUCCGCAAUUGGCGCUCUAUGCCGCCCAACAGGCUAGCCUUGCUCGGAUGCGCGCCAAUGCACCUGUUCUUUCAGAGAACAUCCUAGGACUUCCGCGUGCUCCUGCUGUGGCCUUCAGCAUGGCCAUCGCCAACGAUGCUCUCGAUCGCCAACCUGUUGAUGCCGACGAGUCUGACGAGUCUGACAACGAUGACGACGACGACGCCAACAAUGCCAACAAUGCCAACAAUGCCAACGCCGACAACAUCGACAACACUGCUGUCGGAGAUGAUGGUAACGAUGAAGACAACGACAUCGACUUCAACCCCACGCCAGGUGGCGGGGAUGGCAGCGGAGGAGAUGAUGGAAACACGGAGGAGGCGGCGGGGGAGGUCCCAACCCACCUCAAGGAGGCCCUGCUCCUGUGA